AGCGCAGUUCUGCCUUCACCAAGAAGUGAGGAAGUGGCACCAUGUUUGCUUCCUUCCUGAACCAGCAACCAAGAGAGCGGUGACAAGAAGUGUUAAUUCCGUAACAACGUAGCUCUCAAACAAUUACAGGCAGUAGUGAAAAUAGUGAAAUAGUGACAACAUAGUCAUAGGCAGCAAGAAGAGGAAGAAGCAAAGGAGCAAAAGGAGUUAUUUGAACCAUGGCUGGGAAGUGGGUGAGUGUGAUCUGGAUGAUGACGGUUCUGAAACUCCCUACCUUGGUGACGCCAGGGACAGGUCUACAACUGCCAGAAAUCACAAAUGAAAAGUUUAUAGACGAGUGUGUGAAAAGCCACAACCAGAAUCGAUCUAACGUGAAUCCACCAGCAGGCAACAUGCGCUACAUGACUUGGGAUGCAGCCUUGGCGAUAACAGCAAGAGCGUGGGCAAGACGAUGCGUCUUCUACCACAAUACUUACCUGAAGGAUGUGAAGAAGGUUCACCCCACCUUCACAUCUGUAGGGGAGAAUCUCUGGUCAGGAUAUCCACCUAAUAGCUUCUCUGUAGGGAAAGCCAUGCAGGGCUGGGUGAAUGAGGAGUUAAUACACUAUACUUACAAACAGGGCUGCAAAUCAGGCAAAGUCUGUGGCCACUACACACAGGUGGUGUGGGCCAACAGCUAUAAGGUUGGGUGUGCUGUUCAUCUUUGUCCUGAUGGAAUCGAAGGCUUCUCCAAAGGCCAUGCCAGUGCCCAUUUUCUGUGCAACUACUUCCCGGCGGGGAAUUUACCGGGUAGCAAUCCAUACGAGAGAGGAAGGGCGUGCAGCGGAUGUGCCGAGGACACAUGCCAGGACUCGCUCUGCCGUGACCAAACCCGAGACGCAGCCAAAAGUUAUAACUGGAGUCCGGAGUGGGAUCCAGAGAAGGCUACCUGCGGGGCUUUCUGCGUGGCGGUGCUCGUCCUGAGACCGGUAGCUCUCCUGCUCAUCCUCGCCUCCUCGUACAUCAUUAAGAUGCAAUAUCCAAGCAUGUAUGUCUACGAGUGACAUGUAAAGAACUGGCUGGGUGCUUUGGUUCUUCACGUCAGGCUCCCGAUCACCCUGACCUGGCUGAUGUAGUAAUAAGCAGCUAGCUUAAUGUUGUUCCUUUAUGUGUGCUUCUUUCACUAAUGUGAAAACUCGAUGGGAUGUAUGUCAGCAUAGAAAUUAAAAUGAAAUGGUAAUAUGCUAAAUGGAUACAUGCAAGUCUGGGCCCAAAAUUGAAAUUCAAUAAUUCCAUUUCCAUUGUCCAUUCGGUAUACUACUAUUGAUGUUUAAUUUACCCAGAGGUGAAUGCUUCACGAGUAGCUUUAGUUAAAUCAAUGGCCUGCUGUAGUCCUGCUCUGAUUGGCUGACUGACAGGUGGAAGGCUGUGAAAAAAGUAGUUGUGACAUCCAGCCAAAGAAGAAAACUGAUCAUGAUCCCAUAUGAAUGUGUCUUUUGAACAUCUAGAAUAACUUUAAUAAGAAGUAGGGGAAAGCAGCUUGUAGAAGUCAAAGUAAACCUAUUCAGUAUGUUCCACCCCUGGCAAUGACAGAAACAGCUGAACAGGACUGCAUAUUUACAAGUUUUAAUUCCAAAGAAAACAGGUUAUAUAAAAAAAAAAUUAUUAUUCCAUUAUUCUGCUCUUUUUUCUGUUUUUCCAAUAAAGUUGCACAGUGCAACCAUA